AAGCAGAUUGGUUUUGCUUGGGGAGGGGGCAAGAAAAAUGACAUUCUGAUGUAGAGAAGGCUGGAAGGGGAUUCCCUCCCUACCUCCCUAACCAUCCUCACCAUUGGCACAUCCCCAUAAUACAUCCUGUAUGACUCCAUUAAAUGUAAAACCUUCUCCCAGUACUCCGUACCAGAGAACUUUCGACAGGAACCUUGUGGCACUUCCGGGAGCUGCAGCCUGGCCUGUCAUCUGUACUGCUGGAACAGGUGGGGCUUAUUCCUCAUUAUGAGCUCUAAGCAUUUCUUGAGCGCCUACAGGGUGUCACGCUGUCUAUAACACACAGACGGUCUUGAACAAAUUGAAGGCUUCUCUCCUUGAGUCACUAACUUGUGGGAGCUGAGUCCCAUGUGUUCUCUAGGCCUCUGAUGGCAGUUAGGUUUGUUUUGUCACUGCCACCUUGACAGCAAGCAGUUAAGGAGAUAUGUGGCUAGCCCAGCGCCCCUGUCCUGAUCUCCAGGCUGAUCUGGUUUCCUUCUCCACAGCCCUCUGCUUGUUCCCAUAGCAGUCACUAGACAAGGGCUGAUGCUACCAGUGUGGCUGUUGGUCUUGAGAAUCCUGCCACCUGGGAGCAGCUCGAAGCCUUUGGCAUUUAUUCCCUCUUGUUUUUCUCAUUCGAAUCAUUCUGAACAGAAAAAUCCCAGGGAGGGAGGUUUUCUGUCCUGUUCUGGAGUCUUAGGUUUGUCACAGUAAGACUUGGCAACUGUGAGUGUUCACUGAGUUCCAGAUACUAUUGUGAGCACUUCUCUUAAUAAACAUUUAAUCUUUAUACUCCGAGGUGAGUUUAAAGUUCCAGCUUAGAAAACAGGAACUGGAAGCCCAAAACAGAAAGAGGAGGUGAUUUACUCAGUGUCAAACAGCUGUUAAGCAGAGUCAGGACUUGAAUUCAGGCGACGUACCUUCAGAACUUUCAUUCCUGACCACUUGGCCAUACUGUGUGUGAGCUCAUGCCCUAGAAGCAGUUGAUGGCUUCUGUGGUCUUCCCAGAGUCUUAACUUGAACUCCCUCCUUUCAGAUUGGGAGGCAGCAGAACAGGACUUCCUCUUGCCUCUGUUGGCAGGAACUUAGCUCCCUCUCCAACUGAGUCCAUCCCUGUGGCCCCUGGGCUGCUACAGCUGGGCCUGUUGGCUUUAAGGGAGGUGGCUUCCUGCAAAGUUUUUUUACGAUUCAAUCUCUACUUUCCACUUUGUCCUAGUCUUUGGUGGUCCUCAGGGCAGGGGGAGAUGCUGCUGAUGGUCAGAUGACUGAAAAAUGCUCUCACUGUUUCCAGGCCUCAAUGUGAGGAGGGAUAGCAGGAGGUGGGAUGAAACCAAGGGACUGCCCAGUGUCUCAGGUUAUUUCACCCCGCCUGGCUGAGCUAUGGGCAGGGCCGAGGCUUGUUUCUCUUCUCAUAGAGUUUAAUUAGAUUGUAAUGGAAGAAAAAGGUUAAAUCCCCUCCUGUCAACUCUCCAGAAUCUAGGUCCCUGGUCUUCUAUAGGGCAUCAUGCAUCCCAUGACCUGAUGGCCACCUAGUCCUGCAGACAGUAGCUUUCCUCUCUGCUAGUGGUUCCCCCUCCCCAAGCUCUCUCCAGCUCUGGGAGAAGGCAGACAUGGGAGGACCCCUACAUCCAUUGCCUUUGCUCAUGAGUCACUCCACCCCUCCCUGCAGUGGCACCUUCUGGCCCUGACCCAGCUUGAACCUGAUGAAAGCUAAGGACCUCUGCCACAGAGAAGGGCAUCUGGGCUCAUCUGGUGUUUUUCCCACCCUUUCAACAGUUUGUGUCUCUCCGACGCGGUGAGGGACUCCAGGUUAGGAGCAACAGAUAGGGUCCUCAGGGUUAGGAGAAAUCCGAUGCUCCGUUCUGAACAGAUGCCCUAUGUAUCCUGCCUGCGGUCCACCUCCCUCGCUGGGCUUUGGAGGGGCCUGGCCGAGGCGGGCCGCAGAUUCCCCGAGCGGGCAGCGCCCCCUGGUGCUCUCAGGAGGGACUGUAGCAGGGUGGAAGUUAGGGGGCUAGGAACCAAAAGAGGCACGCGACGUGCGACACCCUCCCGGGCACACCUCUCCCUUCCCUCCUCAGAUCUACCCUUACAGAGUAGCGACGGCGCGGGCGGGCAGCUGGCAUCUGCCCACCUCCUUCGUACCCGCCUGACAUCUCCCGGCCCGCGGAGGCCGGGCGGGGAGGAGCCGGGCCGGGGGCAGGAAGCGGUGCGUACCUUCCGCUGCAGGAGGAGCAGGUGGCUGCUAUGCUGCCGGGGCCCCAGGCUUCCUGUGCUCACCCGCCGCUGCUGCCAUUUCUCGUGUGAGUUCCUUGGGCCAGCUCCGGCCGCAGGGCCGGCCGCAUGGCCCAGACCCCCGACGGCAUAUCCUGCGAGCUGCGAGGCACUGCUCCGAUGGAGAGCCUACCUGCUCCACACCUGCCUCCCUCUGAGGGUGGACUGCACAUUCAGCUACCUGGAGGUCCAGGCCAUGGUGCUGCAGGAGACACCCCCUCAGGUCACCUUUGAGCUGGAGUCCCUGCCUGAACUGGUCCUGGAGUUUACUGGUGUGGCUGCCCUGGAACAGCUGGCCCAGCACAUCGCUGCUGCCAUCAGGAAGGUCUUCCCUCGCUCAACCCUUGGGAAACUCUUCCGGAGGCCCACACCCCCCUCCAUGCUGGCUCGGCUGGAGAAAAGCAGCUCCUCAGAAGCCACCUCACCCAGCAGCCCCUGUGGGGGCUUCUCGGAGACAUACGAGGCCCUGUGUGACUACAAUGGCUUCCCUUUCCGAGAGGAGAUUCAGUGGGUGAGAGUAGGGCCCUCUCUGGGGGCUCUGGAGACAUCUAAUUCCCCUGGUGCUUUGAGAAGUCCCCCCUACCUCUUGUGGUCCCAAGCAAGUUGGAGGUACUUUCUUCCCACCCAGGAUGUGGACACCAUCUACCAUCGUCAGGGCUGCCGCCAUUUCAGCCUAGGAGACUUCAGCCAUCUGGGAAGUCGGGACCUGGCCUUGAGUGUGGCUGCCCUGUCCUACAAUCUCUGGUUCCGGUGCCUCUCCUGCGUGGACAUGAAGCUGAGCCUUGAGGUCUCAGAACAGAUUCUGCACAUGAUGAAUCAGUCAUCCCACCUGGAGGAGCUGGUGCUGGAGACCUGUGGCCUGAGGGGAGACUUUGUCCGGCGACUGGCCCAGGCACUGGCGGGACACACCAGCUCGGGACUGCGGGAGCUCAGCCUGGCUGGGAACCUGCUGGAUGACCGAGGUGUGGCUGCCCUUAGCAGACACCUAGAGAAGCAUCCUGGAGCCCUGAGGAGACUCAGCCUAGCGCAGACUGGGUUGACGCCGCGAGGAAUGAGGGCUCUAGGCCGGGCACUGGCUUCCAAUUCAGCCUUUGACUCUGCCCUGACCCACUUGGACCUUUCCGGGAACCCCGGGGCACUGGGGGCUUCGGAGGACCGUGGGGGCCUCUAUAGUUUCCUGAGCCGUCCUAACGUUCUGACGUUCCUGAAUCUCGCAGGCACCGACACCGCCCUGGACACUCUCUUCGCGGCGCUGUCCCGCGGCGGCUGCUCCAGCCUGGCGCACCUAGACGCCUCGAGGAACGUCUUCUCCCGCACGAAGUCCAGGGCUGUGCCCGACGCUCUGCAACUCUUCCUCAGUCGCGCCGGGACGCUUCGGCACCUGGGCCUAUCGGGCUGCAAACUGCCACCCGACGCACUCAGGGCGCUUCUGGAAGGCCUGGCGCUCAACACGCACCUUAAUGACCUACACCUGGACCUCAGCGCGUGUGAGCUGCGCUCGGCGGGUGCUCAGGUGAUACAAGACUUGGUGUGUGAUGCUGGCGCAGUGAGCUCCCUGGAUCUGGCAGAUAAUGGCUUUGGCUCAGACAUGGUGACUCUGGUGCUGGCCAUCGGGAGGAGUCGGUCCCUGCGACACGUGGCGCUUGGAAGGAACUUCAACGUCCGGUGCAAGGAGACCCUGGACGACGUCCUGCACCGGAUUGUUCAGCUCAUGCAGGAUGACGACUGUCCCCUGCAGUCUCUGUCUGUGGCUGAGUCACGGCUGAAGCUGGGCGCCGGCGUCCUGCUCCGGGCCCUGGGCACCAAUCCUAACCUGACAGCCCUGGAUAUCAGCGGCAACGCCAUGGGGGACACGGGUGCCAAGAUGCUGGCCAAGGCGCUUCGGGUUAACACGAGGCUCAGGUCUGUGGUCUGGGACCGGAACCACACAUCUGCUCUGGGCCUGCUGGACGUGGCACAGGCCCUGGAACAGAACCGCAGCCUGAAGGCCAUGCCUCUGCCACUGAACGAUGUGGCCCAGGCUCAGCGCAGCCGUCCUGAACUGACAGCACGGGCCGUGCAUCAGAUCCAAGCCUGUCUCUUGAGGAACAAUCGCACAGACCACACCUCUACUGACUGCACCUCCUGCCCGAAGCCCCUGGGUCUGGGGUCAGACCCCUCCGAACAGGAAGUGAAUGAACUGUGUCAGUCGGUGCAGGAGCACGUGGAGUUGCUGGGCUGUGGGGCUGGACCCCAGGGUGAAGCUGCUGUGCACCAGGCUGAGGAUGCCAUCCAAAAUGCCAACUUCUCUCUCAGCAUUCUCCCCAUUCUCUAUGAGGCUGGAAGUUCCCCAAGCCACCAAUGGCAGCUGCGGCAGAAGCUGGAGGGCCUACUGGGACAGGUGGGAGAGGUGUGCCGCCGGGACAUUCAGGACUUCACUCAGGCCACAUUGGACACAACAAGGAGUCUCUGCCCACAGACAUUGCAGGGUCCCAGGUGGAGGGAGCAGCUAGAAGGGGUCCUCGGGGGCUCAAGGGGUCUCCCAGAGCUGCUCCCAGAGCACCUGCUGCAAGAUGCCUUCACUCGGCUCAGGAACAUGCGCCUGUCAGUCACAGGGACCUUGGCAGAGAGCAUUGUGGCUCAGGCUGUGGCAGGUCUGAGUGCAGCCCGGGAUCGGCUGGUGGAGAGUCUGGCUCAACAGGCAACAGAGGCAAUGCCCCCUGUCAUAUCGGCCCUAGAUGGAGAUGAGUCCAGCCCCCUUGGGCCUGGGGAAUUGGAAGGUCUUUUCUUCCCUGAGGAGAAAGAAAAGGAUGAUGAAGAGGAGCAGAAGGAUGCAAGUCCUCCACAGAAAUGGCCUGAAUCCCUCUACUGUCUUCAUCUGGACUCCUCCACUCACAGUGCUGCUGAGGAGCUAGAGCCGGAGCCCGAGCUGGCGGCUCCAGGGGAAGAUGCAGAGCCGCAGGCGGGGCCAUCCGCUCGUGGCUCGCCGAGCCCCGCCGCCCCAGGGCCCCCGGCCGGCCCGUUGCCUCGCAUGGACCUGCCGCCCUCCGGGCAGCCCCUGCGCCAUCCGACCCGGACCCGACCGCGGCCGCGGCGCCAGCACCACCACCGCCCGCCGCCGGGGGGCCCCCAGGUGCCCCCAGCCCUGCCGCAGGAAGGGAAUGGGCUCAGUGCCCGUGUGGAUGAGGGCGUGGAGGAAUUCUUCUCCAAAAGGCUGAUCCACCAGGAUCGCCUCUGGGCCCCCGAGGAGGACCCGGCAGCCGAGGGAGGUACCACCCCUGUGCCCCGUACACUUCGCAAGAAGCUGGGCACCCUCUUUGCCUUCAAGAAGCCUCGUUCAACACGUGGGUCACGACCUGAUCUUGAGACCAGCCCUGGCGUGGCUCCCCGCUCUCGAAAAACCACACUCGGGGACUUGCUUCGACCACCGGCCCGUCCUGGCCGUGGUGAGGAGCCUGCUGCAGGGGCCGAGGGGGGCACCAGCAGCCCAGACCCAACCCGCAGGAGUCGGCCUCGAUACACCCGUGAAAGCAAGGCCUACUCCCUGAUACUGCUCCCUGCUGAGGAGGAGGAGACAGUGGGUGCCAGGCCUGACAAGCGGCGGCCCCUGGAGCGGGGAGACACAGAGCUGGCCCCAUCCUUUGAGCAGCGAGUACAAGUGAUGCUGCAGAGGAUCGGUGUGAGCAGAGGCAGUGGGAGUGCCGAAGGCAAGAGGAAGCAAAGCAAAGAUGGAGAAAUCAAGAAGGCUGGCUCAGAUGGUGACAUUAUGGAUAGUUCCACAGAAGCUCCUCCCAUCUCGAUCAAGUCCCGCACCCACUCAGUGUCUGCUGACCCUUCAUGCAGACCUGGGCCAGGGGGCCAAGGGCCUGAGUCUGCCACCUGGAAGACACUGGGGCAACAGUUGAAUGCAGAGCUCAGGGGCCGUGGUUGGGGCCAACAGGAUGGUCCAGGCCCCCCGUCCCCAUGUCCCAGCCCAAGCCCCCGAAGAUCCAGCCCCUCCCCAGACAGCCUGGGCCUCCCAGAGGAUCCCUGCUUAGGCUCCAGGAACGAAGAUGGCCGGCUGAGGCCGCAGCCCCGUUUGGCAGGGCGACGAGCAGUGUCUGUGCAUGAGGACCAGCUCCAGGCCCCUGCUGACCGGCCCCUGCGGCUACAGCGCUCCCCUGUCCUCAAGCGCAGGCCAAAGCUUGAGGCGCCACCAUCUCCAAGCAUAGGAUCUGGCCUUGAAGCCGAGCCUCUACCCACCCAGUCUACAGAGCCCUCCAGCCCACCCUCCCCAACCACAAACCAAAGAGGCGGCGGCCCCAACCCCUGACCUCUUCCUUUCUGCCGCAUGAGAUUAUUUUAUUAAAAAACUCAAAGGAA